AUGACGACAACACUUACAUGUCUAUCUUGCAAAACAGAUAAUGUUUGGAAUAACAACCAAUAUAAACAAGGUUUGAUCUACAAUUGCUGGUCAUGUUCAGUUCGCAUGCAACAAAUAUUUUGUCCUCAUUGUUCUCAAAGUAAUACCUGGCUGAACCCUUCCGUAUCUGUUGAAGGAUGCACAGUUACGUGUGGAUCAUGCGCCAAAACGUUCCAGUUUAUCUGUUGUCCGCACUGUCAAAAUGUAAACGUGUGGUCGGCGGCAAACUAUACAGCAGGACUCACAUACAAUUGUUAUUCGUGCACUCGGCCCUUUCAGCAUAUCUCUUGUAUACAUUGUCAAGCGCCAAACGUCUAUCCAACUGAAGGAUCCAUCCAAGGUCAAAGACUUGAAUGUCAUUCAUGUCACAAAACGCAUCAGUAUGUUACAUGUCCUCAUUGCAAUAAAGAACAAAUAUGGAAAGAUUGCAACUAUACUCCAGGUACUAUCGUUCCUUGUUGGUCAUGCAAAGGAACCUACGCACAUAUGCGAUGCCCACAUUGCGAGAAAGCAAAUUUUUGGAAAAAUCCUAAAAAUACUUCGCUUUCCAAUGUAUGCUGCUAUUGCAAAAUUGACAUGUGCACUGCCGUUAGCACUAGUAAGUCCGUAGUUAGGACAAAAUCCAGUUUGGAGAAAGACAAAACAUCUGCCGCAAGUUCGGUAGAUAAAAUUCAGCGAAGUCUCACCGACAUGAAUAUUGGCCAAGCUAGGGCAUCAUCCAGUCGACGCGGCAGCAGCAGACCAGGUCGAUCCGAAAAACUUAUGAAUUGCUCAUAUUUUGCUGAAUGUCUUGAAUAUGUCAAGGCACUCAGAUGGUCCAGCGGGUUCUUUGACAGGAAACAUAAUCGUUGCUAUUGUCAUAAAUGUUACUCCAGUGAUUUACCAAAUAUAUUACAAGUUGCAGAUUCCAAUUAUGUUGUUCCACGCGGUUGGGCCGGUUUCGGACUUGGUGUUGAUCCGUUCCGGGGUGAUGAUCUAUGGAGCUCAUGGAUUGUUGUUUACCAUGGAACCACUCCACUUGCCGCGCAAUCAAUAAUAACACAUCGCGCGUUUUUAUUACCAGGCGACAGCCUACUGGAUGGGACUGAAUUAGCUAUUCGUCCGGGACACAUUCCAGGAAAAGUACAUAUCUACACGUCGCCAUCGAUUCGAUAUGCAAGUCUUGAAGUUUACAGCCAGGUGAAAACUUUCACUUCUCCGAAGACAAAUAAACAGUAUAAAGCUCAACUUGUGAUGCAGUGUAAACAAAAACCGGGAACAUUCGAUGUUCAAGGAGAAACAGUAGGUUGGGGUCAUAAACCCAUUUGCGAUAUCAUUCCAAACAAAAUUAUUGAACACUUUUCUAAUCGACGUUCGUCAGUUGUUCCAUAUCGUCUACUUAUUCGCCUUGAGGAUGCUUGA